AUGACACUCAUUCUCUUACAACAGUACGCACAGGAAUCUCUCGGUGAUGACUAUGUGCACAGGGAAAGGUUAUUGGUCGAGGGACAGGAAGUGUCGCCAGGUGUAUUCGAGUUUGGCCGUACAGAUAGUGAUGUACGGAUGCGAAUGGAGCGUUCGACCUUACUGAAUCCGGACCUCGAUCUGCGCAGGUGGUACAGAGAUCACUGGGACGGUAGCAGUGAACUGUACGACGACUUACCUCCCCUGGAGAGCUCCAACGAAUCCGACGACGAGCUCGAGGAAGGAGCUGACGAUCCGUACAACGCCUCCUGGCAAGCGUGGGUAAACACAACCUCCGAUUGUGGACUUCAGCCCGACCUCUCGCCGAGCCCCAUAGGCUCAAUGGGGGAUCUGUGUUAUGAGAUGUCGGAGGAAACGGUGCGGCCAGGGAGUGAUCAGUGGGACUUGUGUUCCGAUGAGCCCCAGCAUGGGAAAUCUUGUGGGAGGCAGGUCGGAGACCUCAUGGCCGAUGGCGUAAGAAGCCUGCUGGAAUUCUGUCAGCCCUACCCUGGUGACGACAGGAUAAGGCCCGACGCCCCGUGCUGGACAGGUAAACGGUUCAGCGUGGUGUCGUCCUGGUGCGAGGAAGGAUAUUAUGUUAGAGACCGCGUAAAUAGAUUGUCGACAUACCUGCCGAGUUCCAUGCUGGAAAAUCGGCACUUUGAGCUCGCCGCCUGGUAUUCCGGUCGAGUGAGCGAGCGGUUGCUCAUACCGUCAGAAGGGACGGCUCCGGGGCAUCGAAUUGCGGUUGAUGACCUGUUGGGUAUUCAGCUGAGCUUCUACAUGGACGAGAUGGUGGCAUUGGACCCAGUGGCAUAUGGGAGUUUUGUCAACAUCGAGCCACAACCCACGGAAGACAGGAUCGAUGGCUCAAACGUACCUAUGUUGUACGCCUUCGAGAUGGACCGGGGUGGUGGGGUCCUGACUCGUGUGGAUGUGCCGCGUAAGAAGCUCCUGAACCCGAGGCUGGACCUGGCGAACUUGUUGGCCAGAAGACGUCAAAAGUUAGAUCAGGCGCACCGCAGAGCACUAACGUAUCCCAUGAAGGCCUAG